ACGGCGCGCUCUGAGAGUGCCACAGCACAAGGCGCGCACAUACUCACACCACACCCACGUCAAGCGAAGUUCAGACGCAGGCGAGGCGAAGAAGAACACGGCUGUUCUUCGUCAUGGGCGCGGAUGCAACAACGUUACACGUCGCGGUCCACGCCCUUGCGAGCUCCCUGCAGCCGCAGGUGGCCGCCGUGCUCUUCGCCUCGGCCGCGUGCACAGUGGCCCUGGCGUUCCUCCUGACCAUGCUGCGGCUGCGGCCGCCGUGGUGGUGCGCAUGCGCGGUGUGCGAGGCGUACGUGACGGCGUCGUGGGCGGGCGAGUUCGACAACCUCUGCGACUGGUAUGCGCACCUCCUGCGCCGCGCGCCCGGGCGGACCGUGCACGUGCACGUGCUCGGCAACGUGCUCACCGCCAACCCGCCCACCGUCGACCACAUGCUGCGCGGCCGCUUCGACAACUACCCCAAGGGCGCCCCCUUCUCCGCCAUCCUCGCCGACUUCCUCGGCCGCGGGAUAUUCAACGUUGACGGCGACGCCUGGAUGUUCCAGCGCAAGCUCGCCGCGGCUGAGCUCGCGUCCCCGGCGCUGCGCUGCUUCGCGGCCAGCGUCGUGGCCUCCGAGCUGCGGUGCCGCCUCCUUCCUCUGCUUCACUCUGCAUCCAGCGGCGGCAACAGCGAGAAGCUGCUUGACCUUCAGAACGUGUUUCGCCGCUUUGCUUUCGACUGCAUAUGCAGGAUCUCGUUCGGCCUCGACCCCGGCUGCCUCGAGCUCUCGAUGCCGAUGUCAACGUUCGCGGACGCGUUCGACACGGCCUCGAUGCUCUCCGCACGCCGCGCGACGGCGCCUAUGCAUCUGUUCUGGAAGCUGAAGCGGUUACUCAACGUCAGGGAGGAGCGGGAGCUCCGCGACGCGAUCCGCCUCGUCGACAAGCUUGCCGCGGAGGUCAUCCGGCAGCGCCGAAAGCUCGGCAGCGCCGCCUCGGGCGAUGACCUUCUAUCACGCUUCAUGGGCUCCAUCGACGACGACAAGUACCUCCGCGACAUCGUCGUGAGCUUCGUGCUAGCUGGCCGUGACACCGUCGCCUCAGCUCUCACCGCCUUCUUCCUGCUGCUGUCGGACCACCCCGAGGUGGUCAGCGCAAUCCGAGACGAAGUCUCCCGUGUCAUCGGAGACAGAGACGACCACCACACGGCUGCCAACUCCGAAAAGCUCAAUCACAUGCACUACGUGCACGCGGCGCUGUACGAGUGCAUGCGGCUGUUCCCGCCGGUGCAGUUCGAUUCCAAGUUCGCCGCCGGCGACGACACGCUCCCGGACGGCACGUUUGUCGCCAGGGGCACCCGUGUGACCUACCACGCGUACGCCAUGGGCCGCAUGGAGUCCGUCUGGGGCCCCGACUGCGCCGAGUUCCUGCCGGAGCGCUGGCUCCGCGACGGCCGGUUCGUGCCGGAGUGCCCGUACCGGUACCCAGUCUUCCAAGGCGGCGUGCGCGUCUGCGUCGGCAAGGAGCUCGCCAUCAUGGAGAUGAAGGCGGCCAUCGUCGCCGUCGUGCAGAGCUUCGACAUCGAGGCGGUCGGCCGGAGCUCGCGCCGGCCCAAGUUCGCGCCAGGCCUUACCGCCACGUUCGCUGGAGGCGUGCCCGUCAGAGUGCGCCGGCGAGCGCGUGUCAGCGCGCACCGCCCACCAAGUUAACUCAAUCGAUUGCCGCUUCACCACGGCACGCGCGAUUUAUUCGUUCUCCUCUGCUUUGAAACAGAACAUACACAUGCAAGUCGCCGUGAUCUACUCAUGGUUAUGGCCACUCCGUUUGGCGAGUGCGCUGGGUACUUCGCGUCCACUGGAGAUUCCACUGAUGGUUCAUUGCUGGGCGGAUUAGUCUAAUGCCUGAUGGCAUUUCUCUUCUGCUCAAACAUGGAUAAAGGGGGCAGCCACCACAAAAGUCGACUCUGCAUGUCAGCAUGUGUGUUAUUUCCAACUUCAAAGCAGAAUGCGAACCUCCGAUGCUAUUCCUGAAAAGAAAAAUUGCAGAUUCGGAGUUCAGAAUACAAAGCUAGAUGUUCUUCCUUGUGACUC